UUUGGAAAAAAAUCAAAUUCAUUUUUUUGGAGGAAAAUUCCCGGAAACCGAAAAAAAAAAUGUUUGAAAACUUUUUUCAUUCAUUUUUGGUCAUUUUAUUAUUCAUUUUAAUCAUUCAGUUUGAUUAUGGUCAAACAAUCGAUGUUUUGGAUGAUAAUUUUACCAGCGUAAAUAAUGUAACCAAUAAUCCACAAUGGAAAUCAUGUGAUACGAAUCGAAAUUGUACCCAAAUGAAACAAUUUUGUUUUGAAGGUCGAUGUCAUUGUCAACCAUCUUAUAAAUGGAAUCCCAUCAAUGGUCAAUGUGAAUAUGAAAAUUGUUUGAAGGAUCUCAGCGUAUGUCAAUCAGUUGGACGUGAAUGUCGUUCAUUAUCAUCAUCAUCAUCAUCAUGGUUGAAUAUUUUGCCAAGCCAUCCAAUCAAAUAUGAUUGUCAAUGUCCUGAUGAUCAACAAGAAGAUCAAACCGGGGCAUGUCGUUAUAAAUGUCAAACUGAUCAAGAUUGUCAACGAAUAGAUUCGGGUAGUAAAUGUUCUCGAAUCGAAUCAUUAUGUGAAUGUCCAUUAAAUUAUCAUCGUAGUAGUAAUGGUAGUUGUGAACGAUUUGAAUGUAAAUAUGAUGAACAAUGUUAUCGUUGGGAUGAUCUAAUUGAUCGUCAAUGUCAAAUGGGCGAAUGUCAUUGUAAUUAUGAUCAAGAUGAAUUCGGUAGAUGUACAAUUUAUUGGUAUCGAUUAUAUCGUUAUCGAUUCGAUACCGGUGUUCAUCGAAUAUUUUUAAUGACCAUUUUAAUUGUACCGGUUGUAUUUAUUUAUUGUUUUUUUGCCAAUUUUCGUCGUUUACAACGUUCAACAUCAUUUCAAUCAAUCAAUCAUCGGUCAAAUCAAUAUUUUCCAACGGCAAACAUUCAUAGAUUUAAUGAAAAAAUAGCUAGAGAAAAACAUUUAACUUAUUAUAAAAAUAUUGAAAAUUUAGUGUAA